AUGCUUAACUGUACUGAUAACUGUAAUUUGUGGCUUGGCGUCAUCUUUAGGCUUGGUUGUAAUCAAAUAAUUUACGGUGAAUUUUUAGGCGUAUUUGUAUUUUUUAUUUCAAAACUAUCUGCUACUCUAUCCUUCAGAUUGACCUGUUUUGCUCUGGACCUCUUGCUCUUGGACGCAUCUCAGCGUGUCUCGACGAGCCUAAUUUUGUCAGGAUCGCCAUCUACACGCAUUAACUACCUCACACUUGCAUGUAGCCUGGUCAAUCGACUUACCCGCAACUGGUCAGCAGGGGAUGAUCUUCGCAAGCGAUUGGCUGCCCGUCGGGCUGCUCUAUAUAUCGAGGCUAAAGUGAAGCAGCGAUGUGUGCGAGACCGCCUCCAACAAGAGGUGGCUGGAAAGCCAAAAAAAGUUGGAAAAGCGUCAUUAGAUGAUAAAGAUUUGCCUGAACUUAUCGACCCCGCGAUCGAAGACGAGCUUGACUGGCGACUUCGUUUCCCAGAAACUGGCGCUCGGUUGGCCUUUUCUGAGUUGCGCACUGCCACUGUGACAGACGGUUCUUGUCCCACUUUUCAUGGUCCUGGUGACGUAUCUGGCAGUUUCUAUACAGAAACACAAAUUGAUCAGGUUAUUUAUUGUGUCAAUUCUUUCAGCAAUAGCUAA